AGAUGCCUCAAUACAUAUAUAUUUCCACACCGCCUCCGUCACGGACGUUUCCCCUCUCUCGCGCACCGAACGUGCUUCGGACGGCUCGUGAAUAAUAAUAAAAACUUUUCAUUGUAUAUCCGCCACUGCAUGUCAUUUACGAAAAAAUACUAUAGAUGCACCUGAUUUGCACAUGGCCUUGAAAGUGCCCUCCAUCCCGCGCGUUUCGGAGGCAGAUCAGCUGCUGUCCUGGGAAGCGGAAGUAGAAGCUAGGUGGUCACAGCUGCAGGUGCGGCGCCGGAAUGCUGAGCAACUUCGAGAAAGGCAGAUGCUGCUAGAGGCCUCCUUGAGAGAGCUGGACAACGAAAACGUUGCCGCCGCGCUGGUGCUCGAGGAGCGCCGUCGCGCCUUGUCUGUGCGGCACACCCAGCUGCGUCACGACGAGGUAGCACAGAAGCAGCAGGAGAUCCUAGCUGCCACGGAGGCAGGCAAGCAGCAGCAAGCAGCCGAGGAGGAGACACGCCGCAUCGAUGCUGCGUGGCGAGAAUUGGAACGCGCAACGCAGGAGGACGACGCAGCACACGCGGACAAAAUGCGGGCGCUUCAGUGGACAAAGCAACGUUCUCUCCAGCGCGAGGCGGAGGCCCGUGCGCGAUUUGACGCGCUGCGGGAGCGCGAAACGCAGCUGCUCGCUCGCUUGGACGCACUGAGGCAUCGCAAGCUGCACUCGACAGAGCUGCUCCGUCGCACGCUGACACAGCUACAACGAGAGCUGGAGGAGCGUCAGGCGUUGCUGUCGCAGGCCGAUGAGAAGUCGAAUUGA